AUGAGCUCACGCGACGAAAACCAGCCUCCGAGAACCUACGAUAACCUCGAUCGCGGGGAGAUAGUUGCUGAGAUUCGACAACGCGACCAAGCCCUCCAGGAGAUGGAGAUCCGGCUUAACACUGCCGAGAAACGUGCUCGUUUGAGCGAUGCAACCAAUACGUCUGAGCGGCAUGGCCGUGGUCGUCCUCGUGCAAGGUACAACAAGGACGAUGACAGCGCCGACGACAACGAGGAUCAUCUAAAUCUGGCGGGAAACGAGGCCGAAGAGAUGGAGGAGAUAUUUAGGCUUGCAGGUCACAAGUUAGUCCUCAUUUUCACAUUCUGGGCUUCGACCACCGUCAAGAAACUCCUGCGCUGUCGUCUCGACGACUCCUACGACGAGGCCAAGCGAUUCACCAACCCCGACAACAAGAUUCAAGGUGAAGCUCGUGACUUCCGUGAAGCCUUGGCUGUUGAAGGUCACAUGUACAUGACACAAGACUUCCUCAUCCAGAAAGCAUCUAAAGCUAUGGACCAUCAACGGUCCAACACGUCCACUCGCGUCCGAAAGGGCUCUCGGGCCUUGUUCAGCAUCCACCUUCCUGAUCGUGUCAAUGCUACCGACAUGACGGAUGCAACUAAACGCGAAAAGCUUUUCGACCUUAUUGGAGGAAGACGGGAAGACACUGGAUCCCCCGACCCUACUACGUCCCGCAUCAUCUUCAGCCACUUCGACGCUCCAGUUCUUCACAGCGAUGGGUCCUCGACGUUCAGCAUUGAUACCUUCCUUCUCAACGAGCUUCCCAUUCACAUUGCUGCAUGUGUCCUUUUUGGCCCUACAAAGGCUGAAGCGAUGGCAAAACAUGUCGGAUGUUCUGCUCGGGGAUUGAACAUGGCAGCCAUUCACUCCAUCCAUCACACGACUCCGGGUCUUGUUGCAAACAGCGCAAUGCUGACUCUCUGGGCGUUGUCUCGUGACGAGGAGCUGCGCAGCACUGGCGUCCAAACCGGGAUUGAGUACUCUAAGGUUGUCGAAGACUUCUUGUCGUAUCUCCUGAAAGGUCUUCGUCUCAAAACCCUCCCCGUUCUCAAUAUCUUCCACCAGUGGGAUGCCAUCCUCUUUCCGGAUACGGAACACAGCCUUGGGAACUCGGUUUCUGUGCCUUCUCUGGACGUUUCACGUGUCACUUCCGCUCUCGAUGCUCUGGAUUCCGCUCCUGUGCUGGACGAACCCGACAACAGCAGCUCUGGAGGUAGUGGUAGUGGAUCAGAGCCCGGAAAUGAAGGUAUUAGUAAUGAGUAA